AUUCUGGCGACUCAAACGUCGGGUAAAACUGAUAAAAUCCAACACCAUAACAGUGCAAAGAAGCUUCGCGAUUUCUGUAAUUGUCAUUUCAUCAAACACUUCGCAGAAGAAUACAGAGCAAUCAUUAUCCCUCAAUUUUACACAUAGCGAGUAAAAUAUAGCCGGAAAUUCAAAUUGAAUUGGACAAUACGAUAAAAAUGAGCGAUGUAGCUGAUAAAAUAGCGUAUUUUCAAGCGAUCACAGGUGUUGAAGACACCGAUUUGUGCACUGAAAUCCUCGCCGCUCAUGGCUGGGAUCUCGAACUUGCGAUCUCUACUUUUACCUCAUCAAACUCUUCAGAAAAUCACCACUCUGCCACUGACUAUACCUCCGAACCCACCACAAGCACGAAUCUACAACCGGCAGAAACCGGUCUCGUCGCCGGUGGAACCGCCGAACAACCACCGGGAUUAGCUUGGAAAAUUAUUACUCUUCCGUUCUCCAUCAUUUCCGGUAGUCUAGGGUUAAUUUCUGGUGCUUUAGGGUUUGGUGUAUGGGCUGCGGGAGGUGUACUUUCCUAUUCGUUGAGAAUGAUCGGGCUCAAUUCGGGCCGUAAUGGCGAGUCCACGUCACCUUUAGUAUCUGUAUCUGCAUCGGCUUCAGAGGCAAUGAAUUUUGUGAAUAUUUUUGAGAGGGAUUUUGGGAGUAUAAGGCCGAAUUUUAUUGCUGAAGGUUUUAUGGAUGCUUUACAGAGGUCUAGGCAUGAGUUUAAGCUGCUUUUUGUGUAUUUGCAUUCGCCUGAGCAUCCGGAUACGCCUAUGUUUUGUGAAAGGACUUUGUGCAAUGAGGCAUUGGUGGCAUUUAUUAAUGAGAAUUUUGUUUCCUGGGGUGGGAGUAUUAGAGCUAGUGAAGGUUUCAAGAUGAGUAAUAGCUUGAAGGCGUCAAGGUUUCCCUUUUGUGCUGUUGUUAUGGCUGCGACAAACCAGAGGAUUGCUCUGCUUCAGCAGGUUGAGGGACCAAAAUCUCCUGAAGAAUUGCUUACUGCACUGCAAAGGGUGCUUGAGGAAAGUGCACCUGUGCUUUUUUCUGCCAGGCUUGAAGCAGAAGAAAGGAGAACUAAUAUACGUUUGAGGGAGGAGCAGGAUGCCGCUUAUCGCGCUGCGCUUGAAGCUGAUCAGGCUAGAGAGCGUCAGAGGAAAGAAGAGCAAGAGCGGCAGGAAAGGGAAGCUGCUGAAGCUGAAAGGAAGAGAAAGGAGGAAGAAGAGGCUCGUGAAAGAGCAGCCCGUGAAGCCACUGAAAGAGAAGCUGCAUUGGCUAAGAUGCGUGAGGAGAAAUUACUGUCACUGGGCCCUGAACCUGAUAAGGGUCCUGAUGUUACUCAAGUUUUGGUAAGGUUUCCUACCGGUGAGCGCAAGGAAAGGAGAUUUCAUUGUACUACAACCAUACAAUCUCUGUAUGACUAUGUUGAUUCUCUGGGAUGCCUGGAGGUUGAGAGAUACAGCCUCGUGUCUAACUUCCCCCGCACGGUGUAUGGUUCAGAGAAGCUUGCUCUGUCCCUGAAGGAUGCUGGAUUACAUCCUCAGGCCAGCCUUUUUGUUGAGUUGAACUCAUGAGAACAACAUGCUGAAUAAUGGAGUCUAUUGUGCUAGAGAUAAUAGCUUUUGCUGAAAAUGUGUCUGCCAAUCAGAAUUUGCAAUGAAUUGAAUUAUAUGCACUAUUGUCUUGUUAACCUCGUUAGUUUUCUACUACUUUCUCUCAAAGUAAUGGAUAGUUGGGAACCAUGAUAUAUA